AUGACCAAGGCCGCUCCAAAGCGCAAAUCGAACCGCGACAGUUCCCCCGUGUAUCCUGACCGCAAGCCCUCCAACAUGCCACCUUUCAAGGAUGAGCAUAUUCUGUUAAUUGCGCCAGGUUCGCAAAUGACCCUGGCGCAGCUGGGUCUGCCCGAAACAUUCACGCCCGCGCGAUUUCGCUUCCCCACGCGCAUGUUCCCCGCCGAGAAAAAGGGAGAGUACGAGCCUUACCGAAUUCGCGAAAAGCGCCAGGAACUCAAAGUUAGCAAUGGCAACAGCGCGUCCAAGGACAUGCCUCCGAUGGAAGAUGUGGAGAUGAAAGAUGCGCAGUCCUCUGCCCAGGAUGGCACCGGAAACGUCGAGUCUACGGAGAAAGCAGGGAGGCCCGAAGGCGAGAAUGCCGAGGGGGCUGACAAGACCGAAGAAUCAACUCGGACGGUCGAGGAAAUUUUCUACGAGGAAGACGUGACAUCCGACGAAGGCGCGGUCUACCCGAUCCAGAACGGGCGCAUCGUCGACUGGCCCUGCUUCUUUGCCCUCCUGACUCACAUCUAUAACGCGCUGAGCCCUCCCUUCCAUACUCCGAUCAUGUUGAUUGCCCAGCCGGUCUGGUCUGCGCGCGAUCGCGAAGCAAUCACCCAAUUCGUCUUUGAGAAGUUCAAGGUUCCCGCGUUUAGCUUGUUGGACUCCGCACUUGCCGCAUGCUACGGCUAUGGUGCACAAACCGCUACAAUUGUUGAUGUUGGCAAGGGCAAGGUGGAUGUGACUGCGGUGACGGACUUCCAGGUCAAUGAGCACGGUCGAGGUAUUGCACUAGAAGGAUGCGGCGGCGAUGCGAUGACAGAUCGACUCGUCGAGCUUCUCGGCUCCAGGGGCUUCAGUCGAGAGAUGUGUGAACAGCUUAAACGGAGCAAUAUCGCGGAGGUUCUGGCUCCCGGUACUCCCCUCCCUGGUGCUGCAGCCACCGCGCGCCAAGGGACCAACCCAGCCGCUGCUGCAUCGACAGGAGGAGCCGAUGGGAACGAGUCAGUUCCUCGUGGUCCGGGCGAGGGUACCCAGACUGGUAUUGAAACUAAUGGAGAGGAGGAGGAGGGGCUCUUGGAUGUUGCGGCCAUUGUUAGCGGCAACACUAACGAGUACCUUGCCAAAAUGGAGGAGAAGACAACCAAGAAAGGUGGCGUGGAUCCUAAGCAGAAGAAUGCCCCCAAUCACCAGAAAGAGAAGGCAUCCUUCCAGUUCGAAGAGUUUGUACCAUUGGAUGGUGAUAAUGCACCGGCCAGCGGUUCCCGGCGGUAUAUUCGUCAUACCCGGGAAAUCGAGGUUGGCGCGGAGCGCUUCCUUCUCGCGACGCCUGUGCAGAAGACCGGAAACCGUCUGACCAGCGGUAUUCUUGAGGAUAUCGCAACUCAGAUCCAUCACACCAUUCUCGCCGUUCCCGAUGCAACCAAGCGGAGCGAGCUUUGGGACUCGCUUAUUAUCGUUGGAUGUGGCAGCAGAGUUCGAGGCUUUUCUCAGGCCCUGCUUGGCGUCAUUACUCAAAAAUUCAUCCUCUCCCCCUCCGCCACCAUCUUCACAUCUGAAAUCCCCUCAGCUUUCAGCACGCCCCUUCCUACUGGCGGCACCAACACCCCGGCACCUAUGGGUCAGCUACCUGGCCCGAUGUAUCACCCCGCCGCCCAUGGUGUGAACCCUCUCCUGGUGGCUGCUACCCACAACAACCCCGUCAUGACCGGUGUCACCCCUGGCACGCCUGGCAUGGAUCCUAGUAUGCCCGUCCACCACCGCUCAUCCGGCCACUCGCAGACCCCAACCUCUGUCAAGAGUCUGAGGCUGCCGGACUAUUUCCCAGAGUUCAAGCACGAGGGCAACCGCAACGCCCCCGGCGCCAGCCAUGGCCCCAGCGCCACACAGGGUGGCCACGGCAUCGAAGAAGCCGUCUUCCUCGGCGCCCAGAUGGCCGCCAAGGUCUUCUUCGUGCUCGACCAGGGCCUCACCAAGGGCUAUAUGAGCCGCGUCGAAUACAACGAGAGUGGACCGUCAGCCAUCCACGAGUAUGUCCUGUAA